AUGGUUGACAAGGAAAGUCCGCAACUCACACAAGCUGAGCUCCUGGCCCGAAUCGCCGAACUUCAGGCGGAAGUGCGAAGGAUAGCCGAGCUAUCUACGCAAAAUACUGGAGAAAGCUCCAAAAGCUUGGCCCAAGGCACCACAGAUCCCUUAAACAUCACCCCGCCAAAGGAGAAGCUCACCCUCGACAACCCCUUCUCCGAGGAGAUCACAAAUUACCAGAUGCCAAAGAACUUUGCACUACCCUCCGCGCUUGAACCAUAUAAGGGGUUCGGAGAUCUCCGAGCCCACGUGAAGAAGUUCCAAUCCAUGAUGUUCUUCAACGGUCCUAACAAUGAGCCCGUCCUCUGCCGGGCAUUUCCUACUUACCUCGAUGGUGCUGCAUUACUAUGGUUUUCUAAGCUGUCUGCAGGUUCAAUUUCCUCCUUUGAGGAUCUAGCCAGGUCAUUUAUUGAUUACUUUGCUGCGUCAAGGAUAUAUGUACAUGGAUCAGAUUAUCUCGACACCAUCAAACAAGGGCAGCACGAGAGCUUGAAGGACUACAUGACCAGGUUCGCUGAGGCCACUAUGGAGAUCCAAGACCUAGAUUUGGCUGUCCACUUGUAUGCCCUCAAGGCUGGCCUCAGACCUGACAAAUUUCGGGAGACCAUUGCUAUAACAAAACCAAAAAUACUAGAAGAAUUCCGGGAAAGGGCGGCAGGUCAAAUGGAGAUCGAAGAACUCCGCGAGGCCCAAAAAUCGGACAAACAACCACAUCGGAGAGAUGAAGAAAGAACUUUCAGAUCACCAGGCAACAGGGAUACUAAAAAGCCUUCCAAGCUCACACCGAAAUACAACACAUAUACCAGAUUCAAUACCAAGAGAGAAAACAUCAUCAAAGAAAUUCUCAAUGCCAAAAUCAUAAAGCCACUAGCUCGAGCAGGGAACUACCAGGAUCAAAAGUUCGUGGAUAGGGGCAAGCAUUGUGCUUUCCACCAGAAGUUCGGCCACACCAUGGACGACUGCAUUGUCGCAAAGGACCUCCUAGAAAAACUGGCGCACCAAGGCCUUUUGGACAAAUAUGUCGAAAGCCGGAAAGCCAGAAGAGGAAACUCAGACAGGGAAGAGAGCAAACAAACAGUGACAGACAAUAACAAAAAAGAGUAG